UGGUUCCCGGGCCAUGGCUCUGAGGGAACUCCAAGUGUGCCUGUUGGGGGAUACAGGUGUGGGUAAAUCGAGCAUAGUAUGGCGGUUCGUGGAGGACAGUUUUGAUCCGAAUAUCAAUCCAACCAUAGGGGCAUCCUUUAUGACCAAAACUGUCCAGUACCAAAAUGAGCUACAUAAAUUCCUAAUCUGGGAUACAGCUGGACAAGAACGAUUCCGUGCCUUGGCACCGAUGUACUAUUGAGGCUCAGCGGCAGCCAUCAUUGUCUAUGAUAUCACAAAAGAAGAGACAUUUUCAACAUUGAAGAACUUGGUGAGAGAGCUCCACCUGCACAGCCCCCCUAGCAUUGUUGUUGCCAUUGUAGGGAACAAAUGCUAUCUUAGCAAUGUCCGAGAAGUCAUGGAGAGAAAUGAUAAGGACUACGCCAACUCCAUUCAUGCCGUCUUUGUAGAGACCAGCGCAAAGAACGCAAUAAACAUAAAUGAACUCUUUAUAGAGAUUAGCCGAAGAAUCCCAUCCACAGAUGCCAACCUGCCAUCUGGUGGCAAGGGUUUCAGACUCCGAAGACAGCAGUCAGAGCCAAAGCGGAGCUGCUGCUGAUGACCCAGGCCCCACACUGAUGAAGAAGCAGGUGGUCCUGGACAGUGCAGGAGGGCCAGUCCCUGCCAUUGGCAGCCACCUCGUGCCAUGGAGUCUUCUUCAUGCAAAAAGGACUCAGAGGAACUGGCUGUUGGGUUCUCUUGGAAAACUGCUGCAGGUGUUUCUAUCUGCAUACUUAUGGUGCGGACUCUGGCUUGAAGAGGGACCACAUCCUUGGCUAUUGACCUAGCUGAAAGGAGUAUCUGAUAUACGGAUGGUAGGAUUGAAUUGCUGGUGCUUUUGUAAUCAGGAUGUCAUGUAUCAUUUGCAAAGGGGAAUGAGCACUUUCAUGGAUCUUAAGGGAAAAGGCUGCAGAGAUGGUCAUCUCCUUGGUCCUUGUCUCUAGUUUCAGAGUUGAGUCAUUUAAGAUAUAGAAAGUGAUCACAGUGGAGGGACGGUUGUUCCUGGGACAGUUUCCAUGAUCUCUAAAGCACUUUUCCUACACAAUAAAUUAACAAGCGGCAGCGGUGGCAACCUGACUCACCUUGGGUUUAUUUCUGACCCUGUUUAUGUCACCACAUAUUAGUUUUAAUCAUUACCUUUCUAAAUAAGUUCUUUGUGGUCCAGGGGAUGGUGUAGAGACACUCCUUGGAGCCCGUUGAGUUACUUGUGUCUACACUGAUGAACAGUGGUUUAAAAGGAAGAGAGAAAGAACAAAGGAAAUGGUUUUUUGGCCCAGGUAUUUUGAUGGGAAAAAAAAAAAAUGUGUGCUGCCUAGCAAAUGUAUAUUUGUAGUCUGUAUUUAUGAGACCGUUGCUUUAAAAUUAUAAAUUAUGUAAAGACAUUAAUAACUUCUGAAUUCUGUUCAGUACUCCAUUUAGUCCUGUACCCCGUCUCACGUGUGUGCGCCACCUCCUCCCCCCCACCUCAUUUUUCAGCCGGUCCACAAAAUAUUUUGGAGCACAUUCACCUUGUGCAGAAGCAUGGAGCACUUAGCUCACAGCUUCCUUCCUCCUCCCUGAGCCCCUCUCCAUCCCAUCUGGAAAUGGUAAUAAAGACAUAUGCCUCCUUGA